GGCUAUUCCCCCCUUCCAUCCCCGCAGAUGAUCGCCCUCCAGGGACCUUGUCUCUAACUUUUGGUCCCCCAUCUUUCGUUGGGUCUGACCAGCAUUUAUUGUGUGUCUCUCGCCCUUUUCCUUCUCCCUCUCUCUUCUCCGCGUCUCACCGCCCGCAAUGACCUUGGAUGCAUAUGACGUCUCUGUUGUUGGAUGGCAGCUCUCGAAGAUAUUCCGUGGAUAGAUUCCAUGGCCCCAUCAUCAUCCACGCAGGACCAUGCUGACUCUCAGCCUCCGACGGUCGCUGCUUUCUCCCCCACCACCAUCUCAGGCUCGUCCGUCACAUCGAGGCAGCGUUCCAGCAUCAUCGUGCAUCGCAAAUCGCCGCUACUGGUGGCCACACCCCCUCAGAUCACCCGGGCAUUGGCCUACUCGCAUCCGUUUAUUCUCCCGUUGAACAAGCUCGUUGGAUUGCUCACAUGGACCACUGGAGACGGCUGGCAGAGCUUCCUGCUGGUAGCAGUAUUCUGGACGCUCGUUCUCUAUGGCGAUGUGAUCAUUACCUGGACCGGGCCACUCCUCGUGGUCAUCGGCCUUAUUUUGGGCAUGUACUGGCGACGCUACUCCCCGUUGUCGUCCAGGGCUCACUUGAGUGAGAAGCAAGGUCAUCAAAGGGCUGCUUCGGAGACAUUCCCCCAUCGGCAUGAAACGCUGGACGAAAUCGUGGAGACGCUAAGGACAUUUACCACACGCUGCAAUAUUCUCCUAGAGCCACUCGUGGAGUUUACCGACUUCCUGUCCACGCAGAGGACAGCGACUUCGGCCACUACCCGACCGGCUCUUACGACCUUAUUCAUUCGGAUCCUUUUCGUUACACCAAUAUGGAUCGCCUUGACUCUUCCACCGUUGUAUCUUAUUACCACUCGCCGGGUUAUCAUGACCAUCGGCACUAUCAUUCUCACCUAUCACUCUCGCCCGGCAAGAGUGUCCCGUGUCAUUCUUUGGCGAUCGUUAACGAUCCGCCGGAUAUGCUCCAUAAUCACAGGCCUAUCCUUUUCUUCUACAGUUGAUAAGGCGCAUUCGCUGUUAAUGCAGAGCCAGGGCCAUGCGAUGAGCAUUGCGACAAGACGUCGAGGAGACUCCUCCGGUGUGAGAUUCACCUUUGUCAUCUAUGAGAACCAACGUCGUUGGCUUGGAAUCGGCUGGACGUACUCUCUGUUCCCGUCCGAGCGAGCUGCUUGGACAGACGAGCAUUUGAAUCACGUCCCAUCUAAGGAGGACUUUGAGCUGCCCGGUGUCGCAAACGGAAAUGCUCAGUGGCGCUGGGUCGAAGGGAGUGACUGGCGUAUUGAAGGCGCCGACGAGUCAGGAAAGUCGGACGCCAAAGCUGAUGGCGGGGGCUGGGUCUACUAUGACAACAAGUGGAACGACGGUCGCCGUGGUCAAGAUGGUUGGGAUCGAUACACCCGUCGUCGGAAGUGGUGUCGUGACGCCGAACUGGUUGAGAUUCCCUCAGCGGGCGAGAGCACCUCGGUGGAGACCAAAUCCGGCAUCGCCCAGUCACUGGAGCAGGAAAAGGCCGCCAGCGCCCAUGAGAAGGAGAUCUCAUCUACGGUCGACGCCGACGCAGAAAGUCUCGCCCCGUCAACCUCAUCCAAGUCCCGCAAACGACGUUGGUUUGGGAGUACGAAGAGUGUAAGCGACAAAGCCAGCAGCAUCUCCUCUGCUCCACCAACGUCCACCAAUAACUCCUCCGUAGAUCUCGGAAAAUUGAAGUCCGCCACCCCUACCGGAAGCUACACACCAACCGGGAAGUCCACCGCAACUGCAACCCGACCCAUCAGUAUUCCGCACGCCCGGAAACCGUCCAAUUACUCGGGAGGCAGCGCCAGUCACAGCAGCAGCUUCGGCCGCGAGGGAAGUAUCAGGGAGAAAGAGAUGUCUCUUGCUCAGGACCGUCUAGACCGCUGGGGCACUCGCGCCACAGGGGGUACUGAACGAGCCGAGCGAGAGAUGGGAUUAGGUGAUGAGGUCAAUAUGGGAUUGAGCUGAUCUUAUUCAGUCACGGAGGAGAGGUGAAGCGACACUGCGACUGGCGGCGUCUCAAGAGAAUGGCAUUUUCGGUUUGUGCAAAGCGGACUUCUUAUUCAUUGUUUUAUUUCGGGCUUUUGUUUGCGUCUGGUGGACGGGUGUUUUGGGUACUUCUCUUCUUAGCCUUUAUUAUUAGUCUGUGCGGUUUAACGCCUUGAUGAAAUGGAGAUACCCUUGUUUACCCAUGAGAAGAUCUGCUCGGAGCAGUGCCG